ACUUUAAACAUAGCUUCGAUCGCUUCACUUAUUCUGAGGACAUAAGUUGAAUCAUAACUUUUUAGUAUUUCGGUUAUUUGGAUACGGUAUUGCUGCUUCUUUGGAUUUCGGUGACGAUAAUCAUGGCAUCACCAGACGUUGGUAUGGCCUAUCAGCCACCUUCUCAAAUAAGUCCUCAGAGUGGUAAUAUGACAACAUCAACUAAAGUGCUUAAUCUUUCGAGAGCCCAAGUCAACUUGGCUCAACCAGCAUAUGGUGCCUAUCCAACAUCAGUAUCCCCACAACAAUCUGUUCAAACAAAUGCUUAUAAUUAUUCAACGCAACAAAGUCAAUCACCCCCAUUUUAUGCUUAUCCCAGUCAGACAGGAGUUGGACAACCUGAUGGCAACUUUAAUAAAGGAGGUUUUCAAAAUUUUGCGCAACCUCAAGUUCUCACAGUUGGUUCGAGUCAAUUGUCUCAAAUGCAGCCAACUCAGUAUCGACAACAAAUUCAACAGUCUCAGCAACCGCAACAGUAUCGAGUUAUUGCAACCCCUUUGCAAACCACAAACAUGGGGCAACUGAAUGCUUAUCCUGUAAGUCAGAGUAAUUCGCAACCUUCUUACAACGCUCAACCAAAUGUCAUUUAUUUCGGUCAGUCUGGUCAAACACAGCAGCAAUUACCGCUGCAGCAACCUUAUCAUCCAGACACGCAACAGCAAGCAGGUCAGGUGGUAUAUGCAAGACCAGCCAGUCAGUCUUACGCUCCUCCAGGAACUGCCUAUCCAACUCAAGCACAAUUUACACCACAGGCUAACACAGGCACAUUAUCCUUUCAGCCGACCAAUCAGCUAACACCUUCGUCCCAGCCAAUCACCAUUCAGCCCAGUCAUCAGGUUAAUCAAACAGGCCAGCAGAAUUUCAAUCAGGCAUCAAGAUUUCAACACGUGUCAAAUCCUCUACCACCUUCACAAACACCCCAGUUUCAAGUGCAAAAUCAACAAGUUUAUUCUCAAAUUCAAUCAAAACCUCAAUCACUAGCCCAACCUUACACUUCACAAACUAAUUUUGAUCAAAUUGAACAGAAACCAACACAAGUUGCACAUUCAACUUGGAGUGCACAAACUAAUAAUCAAGUGAUUGAUAACAGAGAAAGACAACAAUAUUAUCAACAACAGCAACAACCAGUUCAAACUUAUCAACAAGUUCAAACUAAUCAAUUAAAUACACAGAAUACUUUACCACCUGUUGUAUCUAAUCAAGGAUUUGAUCAACAAGUACCCAGACGUAUACCUUCUGGUGGUCAGUCAAAACAAAUUAAGGUCAAAUCACUGCCAAUGCGUAAUUCAGUUAGCAUAGAUGGUAUUGACUCAUCUGGUCCACCACAGUUUGUUGUCCAUCCUGUAGGCCAACUAACCAUAGCAGAAGGUGAACCAGCUAAUAUAACUGCUCGUGUACGUCCGGCUGGUGAUAGUACAUUGAUUGUUGAGUGGUAUAAAAAUGGCAAGCCAUUACCAGCAGCUUCUCGUUUCACAACGACCUUUGAUCGAGGCUACGCAGUACUCGAUUUUCUAUACAUGAAUGAAGAUGAUAACGGAGAUUAUUCUUGUGUAGCAACGAACAGUCAAGGCCAAGACCAAUCAAGCAGUUGUCAUGUGACAAUUAUACCAGAAGAGGGAGUUGUCACUGAAACUCAAUUGCCAGAAGAAUCUAUGAUUGCAAAUUUAGCUAUGAUGGAAGAUCAUUUAGUAAGAAAUGGAUUAGAUAGAGCUAAUCGUUAUCAUGAUGAUAUACGUCCAACAAAUCCACCAAAUUUUCUUAAACCACUUGCACCACAAGUUGGUCUUCGUGAAUCGGCUCCAGCACAUUUCGAAACAUGUGUAGAACCCACAAAUGAUCCUUCGUUAACAGUUGAAUGGUAUAAAGAUGGCAAACCUGUGAGCAUGGGCUGUCGUUUUAAUGCUAUUUUGGACCGGGGAUUUGCUAUGCUAGAUAUUCAUUAUUGUUAUCCAGAAGACAAUGGAGCAUACUUCUGUGUAGCACGUAAUGCAGCAGGACAGGUUCAAAGCAACGUGGUUGAAUUACAAUGUAAUGCAGAUGAACAUAUUGUCACUAGUUCAGUUUUAUCGAAAGAAUCAAUUUCAUAUCUUCAAAGUUUGGAUGCUUGGGAAAGUGAUGCAAUGGCAGGUUAUGAUACAGUUAAAAGAGAAGAAGAAGAACCACCAUGUGCACCAUCAUUCGAUAUUCUCCCUGUUGCUGUCACUGUCACUGAAGGUUCGCCAGCUAAAUUUAUUGUUAAAGCAGGUGGUUAUCCAAAGCCCAAAAUAUUCUGGUAUAUUAAUGGGGAAUUGAUAGCCUCAUCUGGGGGUGGAGGAAAUUGGAGAAUAUUUCAGGAUGGUGGUAUUAGUAAUUUAGAAUUUCAUCGUGUUGGUACACCUGGUGAAUUGCAUAUUAAAGCUGUUGCAAGAAAUAAUAUGGGUGAAGCUGCUGCUGAAACAAUAUUGAUUAUUGAACCACAAUUAGACUUUAGACCAGAUCUACGUCAUGUUGAACCAGAAAAUCCAUUUAAAAAACUUGCACAAUUGAAGAAGGUAAAAUGUAGUGAUGAACUUUCAUCAGCUUUUCGUAAACCAAAGGCUCAAGCGCUUGAUUUACGACGUUUAGAACGAGCACUUGAAAUUCGUGGUCGAUCUGCUGCUGGUGUAGAUGUUGAAGAAACAGAAAAUCUCUAUUCACGUGUUCAAUCUCAAUUACGUACUAAUAGACGUUCUAGUGUACCACCAAGAACACCACCACCUUCGCAACCUCAACUACAAAAUGUUCAACCAAAUAAUGUUCAGUAUCAAAGACAAACAACAGCACCAAAUACACAACAGUAUCAGGCACAACAACAACAACAACACCAACAACAAAAUUUCCAACAGCCAUCAAUGCAAAAACCAACGCCCGGACCGCAAUUUCAAGCUCCGGUACCACCACCACAACAGCAGCAACAGCUGAAUACAACAGUGAUCAGGUUCAAUGCAGCACCUAAUCAACGUCCGGACCAGCCUUCACCGCCCAUACAAAUGUUACAGCCAUUAACAAUUAGUCCACCUGGACAAACACAAACACCAGUUGAAUCACCACGGAAUGUUCCAUCUCCUGCUAAGCCGACACCACCACCACCGCCGCCACCACCACCACCAUCUGUGGCACCUGUUGCUCAAAAUGUGACAUUGCCCCCACCGCCGUCAUCGCCUUUAAUGUCACCACCGAUUGUGAAUUCUGUAAGUUAUUCUAUUAGUGGUGUUUACUAACUUUCUCUUGCUUAUAAAUGUUGUCUGUUUGGUAACUAUAAAUACAGAUGUCGGUGCAUCAGAGUUUUUGGGGAUUGUAGAGUGUGCAUAAUUUAAGUCAUAAAAUGAAAGUCUUUGGUUCGGUGCUCUGUAAUGUGUUGUUGCUAAUAUGUACCGCUGGGGAGCCCCAAUACUGAGGCGAAACAGUUUUACAGUACUUCCUGGUUUUCAGUCGUGGUCUAGUCAAUAAUGUAAAGGUUGCCCAAAAUGUUUCAAGCUAAUAUUAUCCAACCACCUCUGAAUACUAAAAAUGAAUAACUAUCACUACAUCCAUAGAAAGAUUGUUUUUCAGACUUUCAGAAUAAAUUUCCGCUACCGUCUACAAUUAUGUUUCCUAUUUAUUUACAUAGACUGGCGAAAUGUAUAUGCUAAGAACAAGCGCCAAACGAAAAUCAUGACACUAAGAGAGCGAUUUUCAGGUGGAAUAAGUUUGCAUACUUCCUGUGUAUUGAUUGAACAGCUGGGUCAUUUCUCUUCGUGUUAUUUUGAUAGUGAGCUUUCAUUCUACUUAAUAACUGUAUAUCGAUUGAAAUUUAUUCGUCAUAGUACUUUAUAAUUAGGCGAGUAUUUCAGGCCUGAGUAAUCUAAAGAACACAAGUUAUUUGACCUGAUGUUUCUGUUAUUCUAACUAAUGUCUUAUCCAACACCAUUGAAUUUCGCUUUUUCAGUCCAUCAAAAGCAAACACUAAGCUAUUAAUGCAAAGGGAAUACACAACAGGACUGUGUCCACAUCAAGAUCCGUUUUGCUGUUGUACAGACAGCAAUGAGAAAUAAUAGUUGGUUUAAGUUAUUGAAGCUAUAACAAUAGUAACAUACAUAGAUGUGUAUAACUUCCCGACAGUCUGUAUGAAUGCUCAACGAUGAACACAGACCGUAAAUUUAAGCAUUUCCUCGAUAGCCCUUAUGACUAAGUCCUCAAUGUCUAAACCGUAGUAAACUUCAGCUGCUAUUAACAGUCAAAUCUUGUUUCUUGUUAUCGGUUUUAUCCAUCAUUUGGUCAAACUAACAAUAUUUGUGUUAAACAUGUUGUGCUGUAUAUUGAUGAAAUAGAUUUUUUUAAUGCUUCAUGUCAAAGUGCUUAGUUUCUCAUUCUCUUUUAUAUGAACCGCAACAAUAGGAAACAGCACACUGAUUUCGACUGAAUUUUAAUUGAAAAAUAUAGUUGAAGUGUUGAACACUUUCAGAAAUCAAGCUCGUCGUUAUCCCCAGAAAGCUCUAUUACUUAGAAAAAAGUGAAAAUGUUAAAAAAAAUUGAUUACUAGACCACAAUACAGUUAUCAACGGUUAGCUACAACUGACAUACAUUUGCCUCAUUGUCAGCUUUAUACACUAUGAUAUUACGAGUCCUGAUUGACAUUCUAUACGUAAUUUGGCUAGUAUGCUUCAGUAAGGACUAGCUGUCUUGUCUAUCAACCAGAUAGCUGUAUAGUGUUCAAAUUCAAUAUAUGUCAAUUCUAUCAUCGGAAUAAAAUAGUAGUGAUCUCUUUAUUAUUGUGACUUAGCUGUUUGCUAUUACUUGGAGUACUUACAACAGAUAAAAUAAACUUAUCGAACUGAUGACGACACAGUGUAAACUGAAUGGGUACCUAUAGAAAAUCUCUUCAUGAAAUUAAUAACUAUCUCAUAACAAUAAGGGUAUCACUAUGUUGUAUUCAACUUGGACAGUUUAAGUAUUUUGACAGAUUCUUGUUGAAAAUUUAAGGAAUAGUUCAUUUUCAAAUUUGAAUAUGGAAAAUUCAUGCAAAAUUUAUUGAUCAUAGUAUUAUCAGCAAGAUAUACACGAAAACUUCUCAAGAUCUACGUUUUUAUUAUUUUGGAAUGCUAAAUUUAUAUUUUCUUUAAAAUCUUUUAUAAAAAUAAGAUCAGAACUACUACUGUGAUGGGUGCUACUGAUGACGACAGAUAUAAGUAGUGUGUAUUACCAGUCGAAAGUAGAAUGCUUGGCGUCAGAAGGUUGAAAAAAUCAAAGAAAAGAGAACGAGAACAGAGAGUGAUGGGUAUGGAAACGAAGGAACAACAAAGUCUGAGACAGUUUCUGGAUAUUUUGCAAAUGAAGUAUUUACUGUAUAGUUCUCAGAUUUUACAAAGCUAUUCUGCAAUGCUGUAUCAGAAUACAUUUGGUUGUCCCCACUUAUAUUCUCGUUCACUACACUACUACUGCUAAAAAUCUGGAUCAGUAGCUUCAUCACCAAAAUACAUUAGACUUCCGAUCAUUUUGUUCUAGCUACUAAUACUAUUUUACUUAACGUGGUGUAGGCAUCAUUUUAGUAUCACUACCGGUUAUAUAAACAGUUUGACUUGAUAGUGAGUACGUAAAUCCUGUGAUCUGUAAAUGAUAUACAUUAAUUUACAAUGAACUUUGAUGAUCAACUUACACAUAAUUUUCUUGUAUCAAUCAAGUCAGACUAAUUCAUAGGUUUUGUCAACACAGUAAGUUACUUAAAAUAGAUGCGCUUUAUCUAUAAUAGUAGAUUUUCUAAAUUUAUUCCUAGUUCAUUUCACUGAUUAUCAUUUAGUAAAAAGUCAUUUUAGGUAGUUUGCAAACUAACAUAAUAUUUUACCUUAUUAUUCUUACCUGUGUGUAUCCUUGACCUUCAUAUAUUUCUCCUUGAGUUUUACACUGAUCAUCUGUACAUGAAUAAUGCAGUAGUUUUUAUUGCAUGUGUAUGAUGAACAGUAUGAAGUGAUUUCUUUUAUAUUGCACUCUCCCGAUAUAAUUGUUAUCAUAAUAAUGAUAAUGAUCAUUAUCAUUGUCAUUAUUAUCAUCUUUAACAAUCGACUUCAUCAACUCGCAUGAAUCCAUAUUUUCCAAUAGAAAAAUUCGACUUUUCUUGAUACAAGUACAUUCAUCCAUCAACUUUUAUCUUUCAUACGUAGAUCCUUCUAUAUGUGUGUGUAUGUAUGUGUGCAUGUUUAUGCUUGCUCAUCUGAAUAUUGUAGACUUAGACAUUUUCAUCGUAGCUAUUUGUUAUUAUUUCUAAUUAUUCUUAUUGUUUAGUGGUGGUUAUAACUACUUUUAACUAAUAUGAAUCGAGAUCAUUUCAAAUAGAUAUAUUUUACGAUUGUUGUUUCAAUAACAUAUCUAUCCAUGCAAAUGAUUCAAUCUAAAGGUAAUUUUUUUAUCAUGGAUCAGUAUAAACUGAAGAAUCUUUGUCACUAAAUUAAGAUUCUAGUAAAGUUUCAUCAUUUGUUGACUAACUGUACACUGAUGUGAAAUCUGAAACAAGGAUAGAACAGCUAUCCAGUAUCCUUUAUUCAUCAGUAGUUUCAAAGGUGAUGUCAGUCUGUGGAAAUAGAAUAUUCUUCCCUUCAUUUAAAUAAAAAAAAUAGUCGAGAGUUUAUUGACUGACAAAAAAGUUAGUUAUUUUUUAACAGAAGAGACGAAUAACCACUUUUUUUACGGAGUUAAACUCAUUCAAAGCACAAACAACUCAUUAUGUGGUGUAUCCUACUUAUGAUGACAGAACUGAGUAGUAUGUAGCAACAAUCAGAAGUGGAAUAUUUGUCAGCAGGAGAUUAAAAAAGAUUGAAUUGAAGAGAACAAAAACGUAAACAGAGAUCAAUUGUAAUAACAACCGAAUUAAAAGAAUAGCACUGUAUGUAUAAGACAACUGAUGGAAGAUGUGCAAAUAAUGUAUUUAAUGUAUGGUUUUCAUAUUUUAUGAAGACACUGUAAUUUUGCGUUAAAUAAUAAAUUGGUUUUCUCCACCUGGAUUCUCGUCCACUACAAUUACAGUGAACAGUGCAGCGAACCAAAAAAGAAACAGAAGUAACCAUUUAUCUUACAUAAUCAGUUACCUUACUUGAAAUGAUUGAGAAAUAACACUUGGUUAAGUAUUGUUUCACUGUAUCAAAAACGGCUGCGGAUAAAUAAAGUGGAUCGAUCCCCUAUUAAUGAAGUACAAAAGAUUUCUGUUGAUAAAAAUAAUUAUCAUGUCGUAUAGUUAUUUAAAGUCGAAAUGUCCCUCUCAGUAUUAAGAAUAAUCAACUGUACAGUAAAUUAUUUCUAUUAAACUCGUUACGGAGCUGAAGUAUAUAAUGCCCUGAAACAUGCAUUUGGAUGGAUUAAAAUAAAUUUUACAUAACUUCAGAUUUAUUUCCAUUAAUGAUUUUGUUAUAGUCCUGGAAUCGUCAAAAUAUAAUUGAUAUAAUCCAUGAUUGAUGUUUCUUGAAUAUUAAGAAAGAUGGCAAGUUCAGUUUUAAUUCGUUGGCUUGUUACAGAUGAUUAGAAAUGCUAAAAGAUUCUAACCAAACUAGAAAUAAUUUUGAUUACAAGUUAUUGGGAGUUAUAGACGCUUACGUCAGAAAUCAACAUGAAAGAUGAAAAAUACUUUAACAAGUUCUUAUUAAAAUUCAUUGAAUUUUAGGAUUUAAUGCACAUAGUAGUAGUAAAAGUUUGUAGAGAUUGUUUAUUUGGUUGACAUAACAAUGACUGUGAUAUUUUUUAGUAUCAGAAGGGGUUUUGUGGAUAUUAUAGUAAUUUUAAUAGUUGAGAUCAUGAGUCUAUUGAAACUAGACCAUUAUGGAAAAACUGGAAGUAGUAGACGGCCAUUUCGUCCCAUUUCGGGACUCCUCAACAGUGCGCAUUUUUAUCUUUAUCUUUAACGAUAAUGUUUGAGGGUAUGACUAUGAUGAUUCAAAAAAAUAAACAUAAUAUUAAAACAACUGUAGUUUAAAUUCAUCAUUCCUACUAGUUGCCGGAUUAAUGCACAAUUUGUAACAACUUCCCUCUUUGCAGUACUCAAACUUGUUAUGUAAUAAUAUUUUUACUUUUUAAAUGGUAUAAUUGGUUAUUAUUAUUAUUUAAGGAUAGAUAUAAAAGCCAAUAGUUUGUAUGAUAAUUACCUUUUCUUUUAAAAAAUUGAACAUUAGUAGUCACUCUAACUUUAGUUCAGACUGAAAUUCGAACGUCUUUACAGCCAGCGAUAAUCUGUCUUUUUCAGAAUGCUAUCUCUUUAUAUAAUUGAGCAACAAAGUGUACACUGAAAUAUAUUGAGCGCAUAUUUUAUUACUACUUAAAUUAACCACUUUAUUUAUUUUAUUCUAUUUUAUUUAUUUUAACACACAUCAACCAGCCAUAUUUUAUUUAUUCUAUAUAAACUUGUGAUAUUAUGGCUUUAUCUAGACAAUUUACAUAGGAUGAACAUAUGCCAACUAAGAAUAAUCCAAACUUAGUCAAAAUCUCGACAACGAGAUAAUCUAAACCAGUACAAAUUGAAUUAGAAUUCAUACCCAUUGAAAAAGUCGUCUACCCUAAUUGAGUAACCUAUCAGAUAAUGCGUUGAACGUUUAAGUUGGAGAGUACUGAUUAUGAAUCCUGGGUUGAACAUUAACUGUGGGACGCAGGUAAAUCCAGAUAAAAAGUAUCACACAUAACAAACUACGUAUCCUGGAUUCCACUGCCAGACAUAUGCUUUCUACUCUAUCUAAAUUACUAUAAUUAUCACUUAAACUGAUGUUUAAUUUUUUUCAGAUGAUGCAAUUCUCUGAUCCUUCACCUACUCAAAUGGCUUAUUCUGAUGCAGUCAGUGCAGACUUCACUAUUCAACUUUAAUACAUUUUGUGACAAACACAAAAUAAUAAAAUAAAACAGAACAAAAAAUAUAUUAGUGAAUCAUCAAUGCUUAUCAAUAAUCAAUUAAAUAUUUAUAUUGAUUUUGAGAGAAUUCUAAUAUUGUAAUCUCAGAUUACACUAAUCUGCAGUUUAAUUUUACUCUAAACAACCAUUAAGCUUUUACAAACAGACAAAACUAAAUAUAUUCUCAGCAUUUGCACUUGGCUUCAUGUAUGUCUUACCCUUUCACAACUAUCUCUAUUAUUAUUACUAUCAUACUCAUUAUUGUAACCGGGUGAAUUCGCUAAAGCACACAACUUGACAUGACUCCAGUAAAACAAAAUACAAAAAUGCAAAAUCCAUUACAAAACAAGAUAGUUUACAUUUAAUUACACUCGCUGAACAACAACUAGACAAUAUAUUGCAUGCAUAUUCACUUAAUUUAUCGUUAACAGUUCUCGUUUUCUUUCUUAUACAAAAUGCGUAAAUCAGUUACCUUCUCUCCAUCCGUCAAUAUAACAAAACGAAAUGUUACAUUGUUUGUUGAUGAUAUUUAAUGAAUUCUAACUUAAUUUAUUCAAAGUUUAUAUUUAUCUAUAUCUUAGAGAUGAAAGCAUUUAACCAACCAACCAACCAACCAACCAUUCAUUUAGUAUAGUUCACCUUGAUACAUGCCCUAAUCAAUUAUUCUAUUCUGUUAUGUUUAUGUAUGUGCAUACAUUCUUAUUACAUCAAAAGAAAUGAAGAGUAAUAUUGGUUUCUCUUUUAACGGUUAAAUGAAAGUUGAUGUAAACAUUAACGGCUUAUUUUUUAUUUCUAUUACUAAACUAGACUUUAGAUACACAUUUCGUCUAGAAAACAAAAAAAAAAAAAGAAACAAAUGAUCAAAUGAAAAUCUUUAUUAGUUAAAUUGUCUCUUUUUUUGUAAACUUCUGCUUAGUUAGUAAAGAAAACAUGCAUACAUACAUACAUAUAUACAUACAUACAGAAUCAGAUACAUGGAAAACCUUGAAUACAACCUUGACAUUAGUUGGUAUUAGUUUCUAGUUAUUUAAAUUUUCAAUGUUACCUACAUUCAUUUCCCGUUCUUUCAGUUAUUCUCAUAAAUUAAUUUAGAUAUACAUUUUGUUUUCUUUUAAAGCAAAAUAUAAUACAAUCCUACAACAUGUUUAUAUUUACGGACAGAAAUACUGAGAAUCUUUAAUUUUUAAUGUGCAUGUAAGUGAGCAAGAAAACAGCAAUACAGUUUACAUAUGUGUCAGUAUUUGAUUAUUGCUUUCAAUUUACAAAACUUUGUAUGGUUUAUUGCAAUGCUUUUACCCUUAACCCUUAUACAAUUAAAAAAAUCAACAGUUUAGUUUUAAAAAAGUUGAUAUUUCUUUUUAAUGGAUUCUUUAUUGUUUUAAUAUUUGGAUAUAAAGUUGUAUGGUAAAUAGGAGAGAAAAAUGCUUUGAAGGUUGUUUCAUAAAAUUUUUUUAGGGGGUUUAACAAUGUUUAUUCAAUUAACAAGUUAGUUUUCAUCGUGAACUGGAAUGAGUUUAUAAAUCAUUAAACACUAGGAUAUAAAUAGUAGUUGUUUUGUUGGAGAUUAUAUUUGAAAUCAGGAAUCGAUCAAUGCUAGACUACCAUUGAAAACGUAAAAGCACUAGACAGCCGUUUCACUCUAGUAUGGAAGUUCCGUUUUGAGCGCAUCUACGAUCUUGC